AUGCUUGUCCCGUCCCUCAGGCUCCCUCUCCCUCCCCCCGUUGCACCCCCUCUCCCCUCCCCCCACCACUACCCCGUCUGCCCUCCUUCCUCCCCUUCCCCCCCUCUCCUCUCCUCCCCCCCCCCUUUACGAGGCAGAUCGCACGAGCACGGCCAGCACCCCAAAAACAACCACCAUGACACGUCCCAACCCCAUGCGGGCUCUCCCAGCCGGCACCCCCAUGCGGGCAUCGGACACAAGCUCAGGCGACGCCAACGCCAACGCCAGCGACUCCAACAUCCAGGCCAUCCCCUCACUCCUCGCCCUCGCUUCCCCCUCACUCCUCCCCUUCAAUUCCCCCUCACUCCUCCCCUUCAAUUCCCCCUCACUCCUCCCCCUCCCUUCCCCCUAACUCCUCCCCCUCCCUCCCCCCUGAAUCCUCUCCCUCCCAUUCUCCUUGGCUCUUCCCCCUUCCAAUACCCCUCCCCCACUCCUCCCCCUCCCCUCUCUCCUCGCCAGGAGGAGCUAUUCGAGCUGGCAGGACGGCCCAUAGAGGAGCUAUUCGAGCUGGCAGGGCGGCCCAUAGUCAAGAAUUGCAUUGACGGAUACAACAGCACCGUGUUUGCCUACGGCCAGACUGGCAGCGGAAAGACUUAUACGAUGUUUGGAGCCGGCGGGGGAGAGGAUGAAGUGGAGGUUGGGUUGAGAUGGGGGAUGAAUCCGCGUGUGUUUCGCCUGCUCUUUGCUCUCAUGGAACAGGAGAGGGAGCAGAGGGCGAGUGAGGGGUUGGCGUUCAAGUGCACGUGCUCCUUCCUGGGACCUCAGGAGAACCUCAGGGACCUGCUCGAACACACCAGAAGGUGGGCAGCUCUUUUAUUUUUGUCCGCCCCUCCUUCCCGCCCUUCCCUGGCAGGAGAGGCAGCAGAGGGCAAGCGAGGGGCUGGCGUUCAAGUGCACGUGCUCCUUCCUGGAAAUCUACAACGAGACCCUCAGGGACCUGCUCGAUCCCACCAGUACCAACUUAAGUGUGAGUGCCGCAGCUGCAGUAUGCAUAUUUCAUGGAUUGAAGAAGAAAAGGCCGUCAUGAAGGAGGACAAAAAGGAGGUCACGAAGGAGGUCACGCAAGUGCGUGUGAACAACCUCUCCAGAAAGGAGGUCACCGGCUCCUCUCAAGUCAUGCUGCUUAUCCAGCAGGGAUUGAAGAACCAUCAAACGGGGGAGACGAGAAUGAACAACACGAGCAGCCGCUCCCACAGUGUAUUCAUGUGCACGAUUAAGAGCACGGUGAGAGGUGCUGCUGACAGGGCUUACAGCAGCGUUAGCGUGCUUGCAUAUUGGACCGUUGCGGGCGAAAGCAAGAACCGAUCCGUCCAGCUGAACCUCGUCGACCUUGCAGGCUCUGAAAAGUAA